GUUGAACGCAACGCCAUUGACCAAGAAAUGGUGAGUAGACAUAUCGCUGAAUUAAGGAGCUCUUUAUCUCAGCCCGAACCUAGUAUUAGUACAGAGGUAUGGUUGGACGCUCUGCACUUUUACUCUUUCGAACAAAUAGACCUUCAUUUACACGACAAUCCGCCUGUUAACAACAUCUAUGCUACGCACUUCCUCCCGCCGGAACUUAUCGAUAAUCCCAAAUCCGUGUCAAUCAACCCGGAGUACUAUACUUUGACAUUCCCAGACGAUGCUCACUUUACUUACACACCCGAAGGACAUAGCCCAGACUCCUACACGCAAAAUACUGCCAACUCAAUCAG